CCGGAAGCACUUCCCAGCGCUUCCGGUGGUCCGGGACUCUUGGUUUCUUCGGAGAUGUCUUGGGUUCGGUCUGUUCCCGAGAUCCCGAGCCCUGGGGAUCAGGACGUGUUUGACGAGGAAGCGGACGAGACUCUGUUAGUGCAGCGGGAAUGGCAGGGCCACAUGCGGAGGCGAAUCCAAGAAGGCUACAGAGAUGGAAUAGAUGCUGGCAAAGCAGUCACUCUUCAACAGGGCUUCAAUCAAGGUUACAAAGAAGGUGCAGAAGUCAUUAUAAACUAUGGACUACUCAGGGGAACACUGAGUGCUUUGCUCUCCUGGUGUCACCUUCAUGGCAAUAGUUCAGCUUUGAUCAGCAAAAUAAAUAAUCUUCUGGAUGCAGUUGGCCAGUGCGAAGAGUGUGUGCUCAAACGUCUGAAAUCAGUCACGUCACAGCCCCAAGUUACAGAUUUGUUGGACUCCAUUGAGGAUAUGGACCUUUGUCGUGGAGUUCCAGCUGAGAAAAAGAUUGAUGAAGCUAAAGAUGAAAGACUCUGUGAAAACAGUGCUGAGUUGAACAGAACCUCUGACGAGAGUCCUAGCAGGACAGAUGGUUCACUUUCCGAAUGGUGCAGAACACAAGAGCACACACUCUUGGAAAAACCAAGCCUCGCUUGGAUUCUGGACCAGACCGCCAACUUAGUGAAACAGCUGGGGGUAUCAGUGGACGUAUUGCAGCACCUGAGACAGCUAUAAAAUUAUCUCCCUUCUGUAGUGGAAGUAAUGCUCCAAUAGUCCUCAGAGCAGUGUGUUUCUAGAUAAGGGAACCAUUGGUUGAGCACAUCUUCUGUAGUUACCCUUAUGGAGGUAUGAAGGGUCUUCAGUGUUAACACUAGUAAAUGAAUAUAAGCCUU